AUGGAACAGCAACACAUUGAUUCCCUGCUGGAGCGCUACUUGUCCCUCAUAGACGAGUAUUCGCGCCUGCGGGAGGAGCUGACAAAGCUCCAGACCGGCGUCUAUCAAAACAUUGCCCGAGCCAACUUCGCCGGCGAGCGGGGCAUGAGAUAUGGCCAAGACCACUACGAUGAGAGGAUGCGCGCUCUGAGAGUGCUGGAUGUCGAGCUCGCAGAGGACAAUGUACCCAGUUUUACGAUGAAGAGCGUGGAUCCCCCUGUUGAUGGCGCUGCGGGCGAUGAUGACAAGAGCCGAGAGGAAGCUGAUAAAGGCAACGACAGCUUGAAGGAAGAAGAGACAGAAAAGGAAGAAGCGGCAGACAUCAAUGCCCAGGAAAACCCAGCAGACGGCACCGAAGAGCAGCAAAAUGACAAAGAGAAGAAGGAUGAAAUCAAGGCAAAGAAACCGAUUCACAACCCUCUCCACUGGUUUGGCCUCUUGGCCCCCCAG